GAUCUAAACCCCAGACACCCAUCCAUUUCACCAUGUCAGCACUGAGUGGGAAGGUCCAGACGGUGUUGGGUCCAAUAGAACCCGACCAGCUGGGUAGAACCAUGACCCACGAGCACCUGACCAUGACCUUUGAGUGCUGCUACUUCCCUCCGGCCCCGGGUGACGAGACCGUGGCCCAGGCACCCAUCCAGAUGAAGAACCUGUUCUGGCUGAAGCAGAACCCUUACAGCAGGUACACCCCCCUCCAUAUGUAUUUUGACAGUGAAGCACAUUUCUUUGGGGGGGGGUACUCCAGCAUUUUAGAUUUGAGAUAGAAUGUUUCAUAUUAGGUGCCAGUACAUAAUGUCAGCUCUUAUUUCAGGGUUAUUUUCAUACAUAUCUGUUUUACCGUUUUGACACAUAAAGUGCUUUCAUUUCUCGUCUUCCCAUUUGAAGAAGUCAAGUAUUUGGAAAAAUUCACUUAGUUUAUUAAUGUAGUCAAAAGUUUAGUAUUUGGUCCCAUAUUCCUUGCACACAAUGACUACAUCAAGUUUGUGACUCUACAAACUUGUUGGAUGAAUUUGCUGUUUGUUAUGGUUGUGUUUUGGAUUAUGUUUUGCCCAAUAGGAACUGAAUGGUGAAUAAUGACUUGUGCCAUUUGUGAGUCACUUUUAUUGUAAGUAAGGAUAGAAGAUGUUUCUGAACACAUCUACAUUCAUGUGGAUGCUAUCAUGAUUAUGGAUAGUCAUGAUGAAUCGUGAAUAAUGAUGAGUGAGAAGGUUACAGAGGCACAAAGAUCAUACCACCCCUCAAAAUGCUAACCUUGCCUGUUAUUGGUAGUGGUGAGAGGUUAGCAUGUUUUGUUGUAGCCUCUGAACGGCAUCUCACUCGUCAUUAUUCAUGAUUCAUUCAUGAUUUUUCUUAACCAUGGCAUUAUCAGGAUUAAUUUAGAAGUGUUCAGAAACAUCUUACCUACUCACUUAGAAAGAAAAUUACUCCAGUCAUAGGGCUCUAUAAAAUCUGUAAUUUUUUGCCUGAUCCCGUUUUUUCCCCCAAAUUCAUUUUUUUCAGUUUAGUUUUUCCUGGUUUCCGUUUUUCUGUAUAUCGAUCUCAAAAUCACACUUUUUUAAAGAGUAACUUUUAUGAAAAAAAUAAAAACAUAAUCGAAAACCAGAUUUAUUAGGCGUAGUUAUAGUGAAACAAGUCAAUUCUGGUCUUCCUUUUGACAGCUCGUUACAAAAGUGAUACAUUUUGGUCUUUAAGUAGUAAAUCUACAGUGCAUUCGGAAAGUAUUCAGACCCCUUGACCUUUUCCACAUUUUGUUACGUUACAGCCUUAUUAAAAAAAUAUCAUCAUCAAUCUGCACACAAUACCCCAUAAUGACAAUGCAAAAAAUGGUUUUUAGAAAUGUUUGCCAAAAAAUUUAUGAAAUAUCACAUUUACAUAAGUAUUCCGACCCUUUACUCAGUACUUUGUUGAAGCACCUUUGGCAGCAAUUACAGCCUUGAGUCUUCUUGGGUAUGACGCUACAAGCUUGGCACACCUGUAUUUGUGGAGUUUCUCCCAUUCUUCUCUGCAGAUCCUCUCAAGCUCUGUCAGGUUGGAUGGCGAGCGUCGCUGCACAGCUAUUUUCAGGUCUCUCCAGAGAUGUUCGAUCGGGUUCAAGUCCGGCCUCUGGCUGUGCCACUCAAGGACAUUCAGAGACUUGUCCCAAAGCCACUCCUGCGUUGUUUUGGCUGAGUGCUUAGGGUCAUUGUCCUGUUGGAAGGUGGACCUUCGCCCCAGUCUGAGGUCCUGAGCGCUCUGGAGCAGGUUUUCAUCAUGGAUUUCUCUGUACUUUGCUCCAUUUAUCUUUCCCUCAAUCCUGACUAGUCUCCCAGUCCCUGCUGCUGAAAAACAUCCCCACAGCAUGAUGCUGCCACCACCAUGCUUCACCGUAGGGAUGGUGCCAGGUUUCCUCCAGUGGUGACGCUUGGCAUUCUGGCCAAAGAGUUCAAUCUUGGUUUCAUCAGACCAGAGAAUCUUGUUUCUCAUGGUCUUGAGAGUCCUUUAGGUGCCUUUUGGCAAACUCCAAGUGGGCUGUCAUGUGCCUUUUACUGAGGAGUGGCUUCCGUCUGGCAACUCUACCAUAAAGGCCUGAUUGGUGGAGUGCUGCAGAGAUGGUUGUCCUUCUGGAAGGUUUUCCCAUCUCCACAGAGGAACUCUGGAUCUCUGUCAGUGACCAUCGGGUUCUUGGUCACCUCCCUGACCAAGGCCCUUCCCCACGAUUGUUCAGUUUGGCUGGGCGGCCAGCUCUAGGAAGAGUCUUUGUGGUUCCAAACUUCUUCCAUUUAAGAGUGAUGGAGGCCACUGUGUUCUUGGGGACCUUCAAUGCUGCAGACAUUUUUUGGUACCCUUCCCCAGAUCUGUGCCUCGACACAAUCCUGUCUCUGAGCUCUACGGAUAAUUCCUUUGACCUCAUGGCUUGGUUUUUGCUCUGUCAUGCACCGUCAACUGUGGGACCUUAUAUAGACAUGUGUGUGCCUUCCCAAAUCAUGUCAAUCAAUUGAAUUUACCCCAGGUGGACUCCAAUGAAGUUGUAGAAACAUCUCAAGGAUGAUCAAUGGAAACAGGAUGCACUUGAGCUCAAUUUCUAGUCUCAUAGCAAAGUGUCUGAAUACUUAUGUAAAUAAGGUAUUUCUGUAUUUAAAAAUAAAUAAAUUGCAAACAUUUCUAAAAACCUGUUUUCGCUUUCUCAUUAUGGGGUAUUGUGUGUAGAUUGAGGGGGAAAAAAUUAUUUCAUCAAUUUUAAAAUAGGGCUGUAACAUAACAAAAUGUGGAAAAAGGGAAGCGGUCUGAAUACUUUCCGAAUGCACUGUAGCUCUUUUUGCCCCUAUCGUUUCAACUCCACCAUUGAAAUCAUGAUGUAGAGGCACCUUGAGAAGGUGCAAGGUGCCUCUACGUCAUCUCAAGGGAGGGGUUCGGUAUGAAAUACACUCCCUUUUAGAUGUGCUGGGUGGUACCACCUCAGGCCUUACUAUAAAAGUAGGUGACAGCACGCCUUAUCUGGCAAUGGUGUUGGUAAGUGGAGUGUGCCAAUAUAUUUAGCAUGAUGCUUUCUUGACUAGACAACUGAAGUUACACAAAAUGACCAAAUUCAACGUUUCAUACACAUUGUGCUUUUACGGAAAAAUAACAACAUGUAGGCUAUGAGGAUUAUAAGUUUACAGUACCAGUCAAAGGUUUGGAAACACCUACUCAUACCAGGGUUUUUCUUUAUUUUGUACUAUUUUCUACAUUGUAGAAUAAUAGUGAAGACAUCAAAACUAUUAAAUAACACAUAUGGAAUCAUGGAGUAACCAAAAAAGUGUUUAACAUAUCAAAAUAUAUUUUAUAUUUGAGAUUCUUUAAUGUAGCCACCCUAGAAAAUAUAUCUAGAAAAUUGUGAAAAUAAAGAAAAACCCUUGAAUGAGUAGAUGUGUCCAAACUUUUGACUGGGGCUGUAUAUUUAGUUUUAAUAUUAUUUAGUUUCAGUUUUAGUGUUACGGACAGAAAGCAUGCGUAGGAGGCUAGAAGCUAUUUGUGUUGCAAAGUUAUUUUGGUUUUUUGCAACUGGGAGGCAGAAAUAUCCAAGGUGAUGGAUCAGGUCAUAGGUUAGGUUUAAAUGUAGAGUUCACCCAAAUGACAAAAUGACAAAUUGGUUUCCUUACCCUGUAAGCAGUCUAUGGACAAGGCAUGACAGCAAUCCAUGCUUUGGUUUAGAUUCCCUGGCACUUUCCAAAUGCAUUUGUGGCACAAAUCCCAUCCAAGUCAUGGGACCGAUAUUAGCAUUUUUUGCGCAUCAUCUUAAAAUCAUCAAUAAGUGACUUUGAUGAGCUUCAGAAUUUAUUUUAGAUACUUUCUGAUGAUGUGGACAUGGUGCGCAAUAAUGCUAAUAUCGGUUCCAUAACUUACAUGGAAUUUAUGCCGUGCCUGGGAUAUACAACCAAGGCAUGGAUUGCUGUCAUACGUUGUCCAUAGACUGCUUACAGGGUAAGGAAAUCAAAUUGGAUAACACAUAUGGAAUCAUGGAGUGGUCUGAGGCACUGCAUCGCAGUGCUAGCUGUGCCACUAGAGAUCCUGGUUCGAAUCCAGGCUCUGUCGUAGCCGGCCACGACCGGGAGACCCAUGGGGAGGCGCACAAUUGGCCCAGCGUCGUCCAGGGUAGGGGAGGGAAUGGCCGGCAGGGAUGUAGCUCAGUUGGUAGAGCCAGGGUUGUGGGUUCGAUUCCCACGGGGGGCCAGUAUGAAAAAAAUAAUGUAUGCACUCACUAACUGUAAGUCGCUCUGGAUAAGAGCGUCUGCUAAAUGACUAAAAUGUAAAUGUAAAUGUAAUAAAAAACCAGCCGUUUCCAGCUACAAUAGCGAUUUACAACAUUAACAAUGUCUACACUGUAUUUCUAAUCAAUUUGAUGUUAUUUUAAUGGACCAUUAAUCAUCAAUUUUUUAUGAUUCAUAAAUACUUUCCUAAACCUAAAUAAUCUACAAGAUCAGAGUAUUUUAAAAUCUGAAAACUGAGAUUUUAUUUCGAUGGAUUUCUUUCAUUGAUCCCUAAUAUUCAGAACCCGUUCUCUCGAUAUAUUCUAGUGAGUCUGUCGACAAAAUUCGAACUAAAAGGUAAAACCGUAUUUAAAGGGAUGGCAAAAGAUAAAUGUACUGAAAACCCUAUUGAAUGAAAACUCCACAACAAAAUCUGUUUGCCAGCAAGUGGGAGGGCUUUCAGCAGUUGAAUUAAAUGUAUUCAGCGCCAGCAAGGUAGCCACACCUGCAGAUCACGUUACGCGGCCUAAUAAGUCUGAAUACCAAAUACUGAGGAGUCCGUAGGAAAGGCGUGCGUAUGAAAGACGUCGGCCACAAUGUGACUUGGAUUUAAAAGGAAUAGCGCAGAGACUGGUGCAAAAAAUAUGGUGGAAGGAAAUUCGCUGUCGCCCAUGUUUAUACCAAUCUAAUGCUUUUUAACUUUAGCAAUACCUUUUUAACUUUAGUAGUAUAUGCAAAAAUGCUAUAAAAAUUCAACAGUCACAGGAUGGGGACUUAAAAUGGCGAAAUAUGAUUGAUUUCUUUCAGCAUCUUGAGAGAAAGAAUGUGCGGUUAGGGACCGUCUGUAAAGGUGGCGGUGCUAUCUUUAUCAGCAUCCUAGAAGCUGAUAGGCCUAGUAUUUCAACCAAUAAAAUUUGCAUCCAAGCCAAACUGAAAUGUUAUCAAAAACAUGUUGGAUCAUUUUAACAGCUUUUUAUUUCCUUAAAACCGGUCAAACUGAUGACAUUUGGAAAUUUUGCACAUAUAUUUUUGUAUAUAUUUUCCUUUAUUAUUUUCCGCUAAUCCUACCACCCCUUCCCUAAUUGGAGUAAACUAAUGAAUAACAACACUUAGGCUUCUACUUCCAGUUUAUACAUACUAUAUACAUUUUACGGACACAAUCUAUUUUACAAUAGUUAUAUUUUAUUUGUUUUUAGUCCUGUCCUUCCUCUACCCUCAACCUCUCCCAUCUUUUUCUGAUGUCCAUCCAGUUUGAUUUCUAUUUGCCAUAUAUUUUUAACUGUGCUGUUUCACAAAAGUUCUGAUCCUAAUACAUUUUACAGACACAGUAUAUUUUACAUUUAUCUUGUUGUUAUUAGUCCCACCGUUCAGCUCCAUUCAACCCCUCCCAUCUAUCUCUUAACACCAUCCAUAUUGGAUUUCUAUUUGACAUAUAUUUUUCAACUGUGCUGUGAUGCUUCACAAAAGUUCUGAACCUUUCUAUUCUCAUAGUUUCUAUAGAUUGUAAAUUAAAGAUAAACAUUGAUCGAUUGACUAUGACUUUUCAAAUCACCCGAUCUUGCUAUCUGCAGCGUUAGCUCCAGGUAAAUGUUGCAAGGGUUUAUUUAGUAUUCUAGGGCAACAAGUAAUGACAGAAGAGAAGCUGCAUGUACAGUGCAUUUGGAAAGUAUUCAGACCCCUUCACUUUUUCCAAAUUUUGUUACGUUACAGCCUUAUUCUAAAAUGGAUUAAAUAAAACCUAUUCCUCAUCAAUCUACAGACAAUACCCCAUAAUGACGAAGCGAAAUCUGUUUUUUUUUGUUUGCUAAUUUAUAUAUAUAUAAAAAAUAUACCUUAUUUACAUAAGUAUUCAGACCCUUUGCUAUGAGACUCGAAAUUGAGCUAGGUGCAUCCUGUUUCCAUUGAUCAUCCUUGAUGUUUCUACAACUUGAUUGGAGUCUAUAGCUGUGGUAAAUUCAAUUGAUCGGACAUGAUUGGCACACACCUGUCUAUAUAAGGUCCCACAGUUGACAGUGCAUGUCAGAACAAAAACCAAGCCAUGAGGUCAAAGGAAUUGUCCGUAGAGCGCAGAGACAUGAAUGUGUCGAGGCACAUAUCUGGGGAAGCUUACCAAAAAAUGUCUGCAGCAUUUAAGGACCCCAAGAACAUAGUGGCCUCCAUCAUUCUUAAAUGGAAGAAGUUUGGAACCACCAAGAUUCUUCCUAGAGCUGGCCGCCCGGCCAAAGUGAGCAAUCAAGGGAGAAGGGUCUUGGUCAGGGAGGUGACCAAGAACCCGAUGGUCACUGACAGAGCUCCAGAGUUUCGCUGUGGAGAUGGGAAAACCUUCCAGAAGGACAACCAUCUCUGCAGCACUCCACCAAUCAGGCCUUUAUGGUAGAGUGGCCAGAUGGAAGCCACUCCUCAGUAAAAGGCACAUGACAGCCCGCUUGGAGUUUGUCAAAAGGGAGCUAGAGGACUCUGACCAUGAGAAACAAGAUUCUCUGGUCUGAUGAAGCCAAGAUUGAACUCUUUGGCCUGAAUGCCAAGCGUCACUUCUGGAGGAAACCUGGCACCAUCCCUACGGUGAAGCAUGGUGGUGGCAGCAUCAUGCUGUGGGGAUGUUUUUCAGCGGCAGGGACUGGGAGACUAGUCAGGAUCGAGGGAAAGAUGAACGGAGCGAAGUACAGAGAGAUCCUUGAUGAAAACCUGCUCCAGAGCGCUCAAGACCUCAGACAGGGGCGAAGGUUCACCUGCCAACAGGACAACGACCCUAAGCACACAGCCAAGACAACGCAUGAGUGGCUUUGGGACAAGUCUCUGAAUGUCCUUGAGUGGCCCAGCCAGAGCCGGACUUGAACAUCUCUGGAGAGACCUGAAAAUAGCUGUGCAGCGACGCUCCCCAUUCAACCUGACAGAGCUUGAGAGGAUCUAAAAACCUGUUUUUAAUUUGUCAUUAUGGGCUAUUGUGUGUAGAUUGAUGAGGGGGGAAAAAACUAUUUAAUCCAUUUUAGAAUAAGGCUGUAAUGUAACAAAAUGUGGAAAAAGUCAAUGGGUCUGAAUACUUUCCGAAUGCACUGUAUCUAAUUAUAUAAAAGUUGACUAACAAAUAGCCUACCAAAAUGUGGGAAAUUCUAAGCAGGAAAAAAAAUGGUUACGCCAUCUCAGAUCGUACAGCGCAGUUUAUAUAUUUGCGGGUUAGGGUCAGGUGCGGGCCUCAGAUUUUUACUUUAUCACAUAUAGUAUUGCGGUUGUGGAUGGAUUAUUAGCAAUUGCAUACAUAAGUGUGUUGGUGAACAAACAGCUGACCCACGUAUCACUACUUUCCAUCUCUACAAGAAGAUGGCUAUCAUUAGCAUCUUCGCUAAUGGCUACACAAAGUGUGACACAUACAGGAGCAUUCUUAUGCCCUUUCAGAAAGUUGCAGAAAAGUACCAGUUACUGAUGCAUUUUGUUAAUGUCUUGUGAUUAACUUGGGCAAAUUAAUACAUUUUCUAAUAAGUUCAAUACAUUUAGUUGAUUUCCUACUAAGUUCAAUACAUUUUUGAAUAUUGUUGAAUUCUGUUUUAAUGUCUGGAUUCUGUGUUUCAGUCCGUGUUCUCCACAACGCAGAUUUUAUAGGGCCCUACAGUCAUCAUUCACCAUUCAGUUACUAUUGGGCAAAACAUAAUCCAAAACAAACUUUAAAUGCAUCCAACGAGUUUGUAUUGUCACAACCUUUAUGUAUUCACUGCGUGCAAGAAAUAUGGGACCAAAUACUAAACUUUUGACUACUCUGAUAAACUAUGUGAAUUUGUCCAAAUACUUGACUUCUUCCCAUGAGGGGGAAUAGAUUCAUGAAGUGCUAUCAUUUCUAAACGGUAAAACAGAUGGGUAUGAAAAGACCCUCAAAUAAAAGGUUACAUUCUGUACUGUUGCUCAAUAUGAAACAUUUAAUAUCAAAUCAAAAUGCUGGAGUAUAGAGCCAAAUGUAAAAAAUGUGCUUCACUGUCCAAAUAUGGAGGGGAGUGUAGUCUAGAACCCAUACAGCAGGUCAUCUAGAACCCUUACAGCGUUAGUCUAAAACCUGUCACGGCAGGCAGUCUUUAACCUUUAGAGCAAAUACAUUAAGUAUAUCAAACAUUAGGAACACCUUCCUAAAGUGUAGUUGCACCCCCCCCCCUUUGCCUUUCAGAACAUCCUCAAUUCGUCUGGGCAUGGACUCUACAUGGUGUCGAAAGCGUUCCACAGGUAUGCUGGCCCAUGUUGACUCCAAUGCUUCCCUCUGUUGUGUCAAGUUGGCUGGAUGUCCUUUGGGUGGUGGACCAUUCUUGAUAUACACAGAAAACUGUUGAGUGUGAAAACCCCAGCAGCAUUCCAGUUCUUGACACAAACAGGUGUGUCUGGCACCUACUACCGUACCCCAUUUAAAGGCACUUAAGUAUUUUGUCUUGCCCAUUCACCCUCUGAAUGGCACACAUACACAAUCCAUGUCUCAAUUGUCUCAAGGCUUAAAAAUCCUUCUUUAACCUAUAUCCUCCCCUUCAUCUACACUGAAUGAAGUGGAUUUAACAAGUGACAUCAAUAAGGGAUCAUAGCUUUAUACCUGGAUUAACCUGGUCAGUCUGUCAUGGAAGGAGCAGGUGUUCUUAAUGUUUUGUACACUCAGUGUAGUCUAGAACCCUAACAGCAGGCAGAUUUCUAGAACCAUACAGCAGGUAGUCUAAAACCUGUAACAGCCUGUAGUCUAGAACCUGUUCAGGCUGAAGCCAAAAGACAAAUCUCUGUGACAAUGGUCUUCUUAUUAUUUUUGUUUUUCUUCUUCUUCUUUAGCCAUGAGAACCUUCUGCUGCUGCAGGAGACCAGUGCCGUGCGUGAAGAGCUGCAUGAGUACCGAAAGGAAGGAGGGGGAACCAUCGUAGAAAACACUACCCAGGGUAUCGCCCGGGAUCUGCCCUGCCUCAAACAGCUGGCCAAGGAUACGGGCGUCCACAUCAUAGGAGGGGCGGGGUACUAUGUGGACGCCACCCACUCUGAGGCCACCAGGAAGAUGACCGUGGAGAAGGUAGGGGAGGUUUAUGGUAGUUUGUGUCUGUGUGAAGGUAUACUGGCUCAUUUGUAGAAGCCCUGUCUCAGUAAGAUGUAUCCAAGUGGAUUUGGUCAGCUGUCUCCCACCAGAGGGAGCUAUGGUCAGUUUGUGUCCAUUGUCUACCUCUCCCUCCCCUGACUAACACCCGACAUCUCUCUCCAGCUCACAGACAUCAUCAUCAGUGAGGUUCUCCACGGGGCGGAUGGGACCGAGAUCCGCUGCGGUGUGAUUGGAGAGAUUGGCUGCAGCUGGCCAAUCACGGACAGUGAGAAGAAAGUGUUGCAAGCCACUGCACACGCUCAGACCGAGCUGGGCUGCCCAGUCAUCAUCCACCCGGGACGGAACCCUGGUGCACCGGCUGAGAUAGUCCGUCUCCUGCAGGAAGCUGGAGGUGACAUCAGCAAGACCGUUAUGUCACACCUGGAUAGGUGAGAGCUUUCAGGACCCAGACUGGAAUGGAGGGGUGGCAGGACUCAGGAUGAACCUGAGCUCAAUUUCAAGUCUCAUAGAAAGGGUCUGAAUACUUAUGUAAAUAAGGUAUUUCUUUUAAAAAAUUAAAUAUACACUACCGUUCAAAUGUUUGGGGUCACUUAGAAAUGUCCUGUGUUCCAAUGGCACGUUGUGUUUGCUAAUCCAAGUUUAUCAUUUUAAAAGGCUAAUUGAGCCUUCAUUUCUCAGAAGAAGAAUAGACUGACGAGUUUCAGAAGAAAGUUAUUUGUUUCUGGCUAUUUUGAGCCUGUAAUCGAACCCACAAUUGCUGAUGCUCCAGAUACUCAACUAGUCUCAAGAAGGCCAGUUUUAUUGCUUCUUUAAUCAGCACAACAGUUUUCAGCUGUGCUAACAUAAUUGCAAAUGGGUUUUCUAAUGAUCAAUUAGCCUUUUAAAAUGAUAAACUUGGAUUAGCAAACACAGCGUGCCAUUGGAACACAGAACUGAUGGUUGCUGAUAAUGGGCCUCUGUACGCCUAUGGAGAUAUUCCAUUAAAAAUCAGCCGUUUCCAGCUACAAUAGCGAUUUAUAACAUUAACAAUGUCUACACUGUAUUUCUGAUCAAUUUGAUGUUAUUUUAAUGGACAUAAAAAUUGCUUUUCUUUCGAAAACAAGGACAUUUCUAAGUGACCCCAAACUUUUGAACGGCAGUGUAUAUUUGUAAAAUUUUAUCUUUUUCAUUAUGGGGUAUAGUGUGUAAAUAAAAAAAUUUAAUAAAAAAGUAAUCCAUUUUAGAAUAAGGCUGUAACAAAAUGUGGAAAAAGUGAAGGGGUCUGAAUACUUUCCGAAUGCACUGUAGCUGUUCAGGAAUGUAUGAAUGCUUAUUGUGGAGAUGUUUAAUCUGCUGAUAGCUCAAAGGUAGCUUCAGUGAUGAGUGACUGUAAAUUAUUUAUGGGUUUUUUUCUAACACAGGACCAUAUUUGACAAUGGAGACCUGCUGGAGUUUGCUAAGAUGGGGAGUUACCUGGAAUACGACCUGUUUGGAUCAGAGAUGCUGAACUAUGCCUAUAACCUGGAGGUGGACAUGCCCAGUGACAGCCAGAGAGUCAAGGCGUGAGUGCUCUUUAUGUUGCUACAAAACUACCUACUAGACAACCACAGCUAAACUAGGGCAAUUUGGUUGUCUGUAUCUUCUUCACGAUACUUUACCAAAUGUAAAAAGUGAAAUAACACCCAUGGAUCUGUUUUGAUGUGUGUGUGUGUGUGUGUGCGUGCAUGGCUGUGUGUGUGUACAACACACCCUCUCUAGCUUGGCAUUCCUGGUCCAGGAGGGAUAUGAGGACAACAUCGUCAUCGCCCACGACAUCCACACCAAGAACCGUCUCACCAAGUACGGAGGCCAUGGCUACUCGCACAUCCUGAAGAACAUUGUGCCCAAGAUGCUGAUUAGAGGGAUCAACCAGACCCAGGUGGACAAGAUCCUCAUAGACAACCCUAAACGCUGGCUCACAUUCAAA